GGUCUGUAGAUUCAGCCUUAUUUGAUGAGAAGGUCAUCGAACUAGUCAGGGAUUUACGUAAAUUCUCUCUUCAAAUCUCACUAGUGAAGAAAUGAACUAAAGAUAUGCCUGUGGUUAUUAUUAUGGUUCACGAAGUAUACAAUGAGAUAUAUAUUCCCAUCAUAUCCACCAAACCUUUUUCGUUCUAUACAAAUUUGUAAAAUAUGUUCACUGCUGUGUAUAUUUAUCAUUACUCUCAAAAUCUGCUUUUGCUCUACAGACAGUAAUUUUUCUGUUCAACACAAUGCUACUGUUAAACCUGACUUGUUUGAUUUCUCUCAAAGUAAAAAGAAGGCGUUGUAUACUCCCUACUGGGCCGUGGAAAUUAAAGGUGGAGAGGAAGCUGCUCGUGCUGUAGCUGAGAAAUAUGGGUUUCUGUAUCUUGGGGAGAUUUUACCUGGAAUUUAUCAUUUCAAACAUAAUCGCCUUUCCAAGAGAUCAGUGAGACAAAACAAUUUUUACCAUGACCAGUUAGCCAAUGAUGAACAGGUCGUUUGGUUAGAACAACAAGUGGCAAAAAUUCGUGUGAAACGAGAUGUACACAUUCCAGUCAGUGAUCCGAAAUGGCCUGAAAUGUGGUAUUUGAAUCGUGGUGGUCCAGGUGGUUUAGAUAUGAAUGUUCGAUCGGUUUGGGCGCGUGGUUAUACAGGUCAAGGUGUUGUCGUCACAAUUCUAGAUGAUGGUUUAGAAACAGAUCAUCCAGAUUUGAAAGAUAAUUAUGAUCCGUUUGCGUCGUAUGAUGUGAACAGUAAUGACGAUAAUCCAGAACCACGUUACUUAACAAGGGAUAAAAGUAAUACUAAUCGACAUGGUACACGAUGUGCUGGUGAAGUAGCUGCAGCUGCAAACAAUAGUGUAUGUGGACUUGGUAUAGCCUAUAAGGCUCGUAUAGGCGGUGUACGCAUGCUAGACGGUGAUGUCACUGAUGCAAUGGAAUCACGUUCAUUAAGUCAUCAAUUACAACAUAUCGAUGUAUAUUCUGCCUCUUGGGGUCCAGAAGAUGAUGGGAAAACAGUUGAUGGGCCUGGAAAGUUAGCUCAAAUGGCAUUUCGUAAUGGGAUACAAAUGGGACGAAGAGGUUUAGGGUCAAUCUUUGUAUGGGCUAGUGGGAAUGGUGGUACAAGCCAUGAUAAUUGUAACUGUGAUGGAUACACAAAUAGUAUUUAUACAUUGGGUGUUGGAUCAGUUUCAGAGCAUGGAUCUGUUCCUUGGUAUGCAGAAUUGUGUUCAUCCACACUGGCUGUUACCUAUAGUAGUGGAGGUCGUGGUGAACGUGGUGUUAUUACAACAGAUUUAAAUCAUACAUGCACAGAUAAUCAUUCUGGUACAUCAGCUAGUGCUCCGUUAGCUGCAGGUAUCUGCGCACUCACAUUGUCAGCAAAUCCUAAUCUAACCUGGAGAGAUUUACAAUACCUAGUUGUGUAUACAGCCCGUCCAGAUGGAUUGUAUGCCGACGACUGGCAUGUGAAUGGUGUUGGUCGACGAGUAUCUCAUGCAUUUGGUUAUGGUUUAAUGGAUGCCGCAGCUAUGGUUGACUUGGCUUUGAACUGGACUAAUGUACCACCACAACGUGUAUGCGAAGCUCAAGCACCAAUGACUGGCAGUCCAAUUACAAUACGACAAAUGUCAAAGGAAAACUUAGCCUUAACUACUGAUGGUUGUGAAUCAGCUGCAGCACUUGCUGGUGAUCUAUCACAUCGAGUUGUUCAUCUAGAACAUGUACAGGCUAAAGUAACAUUAAGUAGUGCACAACGUGGUGAAAUAGAACUAUGGCUAACUUCUCCAGCUGGAACAGUUUCUCAAUUAUUAAGUAAACGACCAAAAGAUAUAGAUGUUGCUGGAUUUCAUGCAUGGCCAUUUAUGUCUGUGCAUUAUUGGGGGGAAUUGGCCAAUGGAACUUGGAAACUAACGGUGAAAUCUGGAAAUGCUGUUGUAUCAAUUCAUGAUUGGAGUCUCAUUUUGUAUGGAACAAAUACUCCCCCACCAUCUGUGCCGAUUUCUUCGCACAGACGAGGUGUUCGUCAGCUGCCUAGAAAUCAAGAACCUAAUCUUUCUGUGAAAACACAAAAAACAUGGGCAAAUUCACAGAAAGAUAAAUCGCCUCCAUCUAAAUCUGUACAACAACUUCAACAAAAAUCUAUACAGCCUUCAAAGCAUUUUUCGUUUGAUUCGACUGUAAAUCCUCCUAGUGAAAAUAAUUAUAAUAAUCAUAAUAAUAAUCUUGAUCAUUCUGCUUUCAGUUUAACUGAAAAUCAUAAUUCGUAUCCAUAUCCACCAUUUUAUUAUUUAAAUAAUCAAAAUUCUUAUCGAUAUUGGCCUACUUGGAAUAAUGAAUAUCAGGGCCUGUCACCCAUUCCAGCUCCACCUCCUCCCCCACCCCCACCGCCACCACCACCAGCACCACCUAUACCAGCAAUUUCUGUCGUCCCAUUACCAUCUGCAUCUUCAUCAUCAUCAUCGGCGUCGUUGUCUUCCUCUUUACCACCUUCUGCAUCUCAUGGAUCUCAUGACGUAUAUACACACUACUUCCCUCCAUCAUCUAUCCCCUUUUCUUCAAUAGAUCAUUCUUCUUCAAAAAAUGUUUUAGACCAAUCGAAUCCAUCAAUUGAUUUCGACUUACCACCGCUGGUUGUACAGUCAAAUGAUUUUACACAUUUAGAAGCUUCAAAUACACUUGAUAGAAAUGGAUAUUCUGAGAAAGAAAUUAUUUUAUCUCAUGAUCAUGAACAAUAUUCAACUAAUCAACAAGAAUCAAUACAACAUCGUAAUAAUAAAAUUAUUAUUAGUGAUAAAAAAGUAUCAUUUAAUUGUGUAUCUUGUGUGAGUGUAAAUCAACUCUUCAUAAUAAUAAUAAGUACUGCUAUGGUGGUGGUGUAUGUACUUUGUCUAUGAUGUAUACAAAAGUUUAAAUCUACUUUUUUUCUUAUUCAAUAUUUCUUUUGAAUUAAUAAGUGAUUUAUUAUGCAUAGUUCAAACAAACAAAUAAGUUAGUAAUAUCUUGAUAACAUUCAUUUAAUAUUUAUUUAUUUAUUUUGAGUUAAAUGAUUAAUUGUACUAUGCAUGAUUCAAUGUGUCAAUUGAAGAACAUGUUGAACAUUGAAUUAUUUGUUUUAAUGAUGUGUUAUGUAGCUAAUAUUAUUUAAAUUACACUACUUGAGAGGAUAAAAUGAAAACAAAAAAAUUGAAUAAUUUUUGUGCUUUCAUCCUGUUUUUUUUAAAUGAUAGUAAUAUUGAGGUUUUUCUUUUUCUUCUUUUCUUUUGUGUUUUUGGUUUGAUUUAUUUAUUUUACACUAAUAUUUUAUCUUUUGAAUAAAUAAUGUUUACAACUUGUGUGACUUGUUCAACCUUGAUUUGCAUUGUUAUUAUUAUUGUGAAAAGUAUGACAAUUAUUCAUUUGGCUUUGUUUGAAAAGCAUUCCUCUUCACAAUAAUAAUAAUAAUAAUAAUAAUAAUAAUAAUAAUAUACACUUAUGCUUCUUCAUUUUCACAUACAUUAAUGCAUUUAUCUCAUAUCUGUGUGUACUUUAUCAAUGCAAUAUGAACCAGUUUACUAAAGUGAAGGGAAUUACUAUUUUGUCCUCUUUCAUAACUUUUAUAAUAAUUUCUGCAUUAUACGCACAACAAACCUGUUGAUUUCAUUAUUCUAUUUCUUCUCAGCAAAAUACCAAAGAAAUAAACACUUGAUUGAGUUGAGUUGAAAAAAAAGACAAAUACAAACAUUUACUUCUCUGCUUUUUUUCUCUCUCUCUCGCACAAUCUCGAAGUUAUUCAAAUAUAUAUAUACCCACACUUUUUUGUGUAGGCACCACCUACAAUGUUUUUCUUUUCUUUUCAGGUUAAAUUGUCUCUUUUUACUGUCUUUAUAUUUGUCGACAAAAAGUGAAAAAGUUGUCUGUUUUUUUAUUUCUAUUCAUGGUAUUACUGCAAUAUCUUUCCCUUUUUUGAUCUUGCAUUUUAAUUGUGUGUGUGUGGUACACACUCAUUUAUUUUAUUCAUUGAACUCAAUAGCUCUUUUAACACUUUUCCAAGUUGUCAAUGUGAACAAGCAUAUUUACUACUUUAUGCGGUAUUAUUUGUGCUCAUUACCGCCUACGUUUUGUGUGUGUGUGUGCGUGCGUGUUAGUGUAUGUGUUUGUUUUGUUUUGCUUGUUGUCUGUGUGACAACUCAUCUGCCUAUUUAUUGAUCGUCUUUCUUCUCCUAUUUCAUAGACAUCCCUUUCCUCUGAAAGGUUAAAUGAAAUUGGUUGAUUCUUUUGCAGAGUGAUGAUCUUAGUCAUUACUGUGUAUGCACAAAUCGUAUUCUUUUCAC